ACCCCUUUGCAAGUUUUGAGCCAAUGGGAUUUUAGCGAGCUGGCAUAAAUUAUUCUUUUAACGUCAUUUAACGUCAGCUCGAGAACCAGUGCCGUCUUUCUCUUCACAAGCCUCCUCCCGGCUUCUCCAUUCCCCUUCGGUCUUGAAGAGCAGGGCUCUAAUAUCCCGUGAAGAUGUCUGACACCGAAGAUGUCGCGGUUGAGGAGGAGGAGGUGCACGAGGAGGAGGCCGAGCCCGAGACCGAGACCGAGCCCGAGCCCGAAGUUAAGGCUGAGAUAGUGGCGGAGGAACCUGAACAUUUGGAAGAAAAGCCAAAACACAAGAUACAUGUCCCGCAACCAGCUGCACCAGAAGGACCUCCUGAGCUUGUCUUUGAUGACAUGCAUCGCAAGCGCAUGGAGAAGGACCUGUCGGAGCUGCAGACUCUGAUCGAUGCUCAUUUUGAAACAAGAAAGAAGGAGGAGGAGGAACUUCUGCUACUGAAAGAGAGAAUUGAGAAGAGACGUCAGGAGCGUGAUGAAAAUAUCCGCCAGCGUGCUGAGAAGGAGAAGGAGCGUCAGCUGAGGAUCGCUGAAGAGAAGGCCAGGCGGGAGGAGGAAGAUCAACGCAAACGUGCAGAGGAGGACUCCAAGAAGAGGAGGCUGCUCACUGACGCAUCUGCCACCUAUGGCAGCACGCUUUCCAAGGCCGAGAGGGGCAGGAAGGGGAAGAAGGUGACGGAGCGCGAGAAGAAGAGGAAGAUUCUGGGAGAACGCCGCAAGGCACUCAACAUUGACCAUCUGAGCGAGGACAAGCUCAAGGAGAAGGCCACGGAGCUGUGGGAGUGGCUGCACGGACUGGAGUCGGAGAAGUUUGAUCUCCUGGAAAGGAUCAAGCGCCAGAAAUACGAUAUUCAAAGCCUGAACAGGAGAGUUGAUGAGCUGAACGCGAAGGGCCGUCGUGGCAAGGGCAAGGGCGCCGCACGCAAGAAGUGAGGCCCCCACCGUCCACCCCGGCAGGCACCCACAGAACGGACGGACGGAUGCGGUGUCCUCUCCUCUCCCGCAUGUCACCCCAACUGCACGACCUCCGAGCGCACAACGAGAGUUGCUCCCAGCCCCACAACCGACGAACGUGCCACCAGUGUUAGCUUAGACGAGAUGGUCUCGCCUAUGGUAGGCGCUUUGUUCUGGAUCAUAAACUUGUUCCCAAUAAGAUGUUUACCCCAGAAAAAUCGAUGGCAAUAUAACCAUGAUUGCACAUUU